GAAAACAGCGGAGAAGCACAGACACACACACACACACACACAGCGCAGAACAACUCACACUCAUUCAACAAAGAUGUUCUGUCCGUCUUGGCUUUUGGCUGCAGCGGUCUUGUGUUUUCACAGCCCACAUGUAGACGGUGGCAGAUGCUCGGGUUUGAUAGACUGCAUGGACCUUGAAUCCAAUGAGCACAAAUUGCAGUGUCUCAGAAAGUGCAGAUCGGACCAAGAAUCUUCCAGAAACAUCAGAGUUUCUUCAUCUGAACAUCAGAGCAGUGAAGAACAGGUAGAGGAGCAGAGUCUGAGCUUGGGUUUGCUUUUAUCAGCUCUGUCUCCCGACUCCAUCGAGCUCCAAAACCCCACGGCAGAAGCUCCUCACGGGGACGAGAGGCGGUCAUACUCCAUGGAGCACUUCAGAUGGGGCAAACCCAUGGGCCGCAAACGCAGACCGGUAAAAGUGUUGAGCAACGGGGCUCUGGAAGAAGAGCCGGAGGAGUCGGAGGAGAGCGUCCGUGUGGAACGAGGACAGAGCGGCACCCUGGAGGUUCAACACAGGAACAACGUCAAAAACAACGGGAAGUAUCGCAUGACCCACUUCCGCUGGAAUGCACCACCAGACAAACGAUACGGAGGACUCAUGAGGCCGUAUUUAGACGAAUCCCACAAACCCCUGAUCACACUCAUACGAAACGCCAUCGGCAAUGGACAGCAGUUCACAGAUUAAGCUAAAGGAGGAGAGAAUUGACGUAAUGUUAACAUUUUUGGUCCCACUUUAAAUUAAGUGACCUUAACUAAUAUACUUACAUUGAAAUUAGUAAUGCGUUACACUUUAAUUCACCCUUAAAAAUACCCAAACCACCAAACCUGUCCCUAACCCUACCCGUAUCCCACCUCAGGAGCAC